CAAAGAAUUACAUUGUCGGGCACCAGAACAAUUUAAUGCUUCAUGAUUAGUGAAUGGCGUUGGGUCACCGUUAAUGACAAAAUUAACGAAAAAAGUAAUAUUUAUCCAAAUAUCCAAUGAGCGUUCUUAGUAUAGUUUUGACUUUUGAAAAGAUAAGACCAAACUUCCCUAAUUUUAUCUUAGUAAUUUCUCUGCUGACAUUGUUCUUUGUUGAAAAUGCCAUACUCUUUACCCUCUGGGAUUUUGGUGUAUCGUUUUGGUGAGAGAGGAAGUGGAUUUAAAACAAAGACAGGAAAAAUCCUUGACUUUUAUAAACUAAAAGAAAGUGGGCGCUGUGAUAAAAAUAAAAAAUUGUUUAAAGACCCAAAUUUUCCUCCGGAAGACACCUCGAUUUUCUUUAGUCAAUCAUUGGACCAACCCGUGGAAUGGAAGCGACCGCAUGAAAUUGUCCAACAACCAAAAUUCUUCAUUGGGGGAGCUUCAAGAUUUGAUGUCAAACAAGGCGAGCUUGGAAAUUGCUGGUUUCUUGCUGCUGUAGCCAACUUAACAUUAAAUCGACAAUUGUUUCAUCUGGUUGUCCCUGAGGACAAUGCAGACUUUGACUCUCCCGAUUACAAUGGCGUGUUUCACUUUCGUUUCUGGAAAUUUGGAAAAUGGGUUGACGUGGUUAUCGAUGAUCUCCUACCCACACGGAACAACCGUCUUGUUUUCAUGCACUCGGAUGAUAAGGCAGAGUUCUGGAGUGCACUGCUAGAAAAAGCUUAUGCCAAACAGCACGGAUCGUAUGAAGCACUCGUGGGUGGGAAUGUAUCCGAAGCAUUGCAAGAUUUUACAGGCGGUGUUACCGAAAACUGUGCCUUGGCUGAGAAAGCAGGAGGAGGAAACUUGUUUCAACUAAUGUCGAAGGCAUUUGACCGUUCUUCUUUCAUGGGUUGUAGCCUGGAUUCGGAUCCAGAUGGCGAAAUUGAAGCAGAAGGACCGCUCGGACUCAUCCGGGGUCAUGCCUAUUCCAUCACCGAUGUCAAAAGCGUCUCCAUUCGCCAAAAAACUGCCACCGCUACCUCCACCGUACAACUUCUCAGAAUUAGGAACCCUUGGGGAAAUUCUGCGGAAUGGAAAGGCGCGUGGAGUGAUGGAUCCCCGGAAUGGGACAUGCUUACAUCAACUAACAAAAAAGAGCACAGCUUCGAUAAUGACGGGGAAUUCUGGAUGUCGUGUAACGACUUUGUGACCCACUUUCAAACUCUGGAUAUCUGCAAUUUGGGGCCGGAUGUAUUAGAUGAAUUGGAUCAAGCAAAGAAGGGAAUUGAGAAUGGUAGUAAUAAAAUAAUGCAAAAUGGAAGCGCUGUUGUGAGCCAAACUAUGGAACGGAGAAAGAACAAGAAGUGGGUGGAACAUGUGUUUGAAGGUUCGUGGGUCAAAGGCGUUAGUGCCGGAGGGUGUCGAAAUUACCCAGACACUUUCUCCCUCAAUCCACAGUACAUUAUCAAUUUAACCGAACCAGAUGAUGAGGAUCCCACCCAGAAAUGCACUCUUGUUGUCUCUCUGAUGCAGAAAUUUCGACGAAAACUUGGCAAAGAUUUUCUCCCGAUUGGAUUCAUCCUUUACCUGUUGGAAACUCCAGAUAAAAGUCAACCAGCCCUAGAAAUUCCGCUUGGAGAAGAUUUCUUUAAAUAUCACGCAAGAGUGGAGUCUACCCUAAAAUAUACGCGCAGUCGAGAAAUCAGUUACCGAUUCAACCUGUCCCCAGGAACUUACGUCAUCAUCCCGUCAACCUUUCAUCCCUUUGAAGAUGGUGACUUUAUUCUACGAAUGUUUACCGAAACGGCAACCUCCACCAAGAACAAUGACGCCGAGCUGGACGUAGAAUGUGAUCCGGACAAACGAGACGAAUUGUUAGAAAAUCUUAAAAAUAGUGAUAACAAAAUCCUCGCAAAUUCGGAAAAAGAAGCGGCUGAAGCAUUUUUUAGACGAGUGGCUGGUGAAGAUUUGGAAGUAAACUGGGAAGAGUUGCAAGAACUUUUAAAUUCUACCUUCUGUAAAACUGGAUUUCAAGGCUGGAGUAAAGAUAUUUGUCGCUCUGCUAUUGCAAUGAUGGAUGCCGAUCGUUCAGGAAAAUUAGGGUUUGACGAGUUUCAACAACUCUGGAAAGAUAUUGAAUAUUGGGAAAUGGUGUAUAAGAAAUUUGAUACGGAUAAUUCGGGGAGUUUGAGCUCAUCGGAGUUGAGAAAUGCGCUGACGUCUUCGGGGUUCAGCGUCAACUCGCGAGUAGUUCAAGGACUCGUUCUAAGAUAUGGGAAUAAAGAUGGGUGUCUUCAAUUUGAUGAUUUUCUCUUGUGUGCAAUCAAACUAAAAUGCAUGAUUGAGGUUUUUAAAGAGAGAGUUCCGGAUGGGAAAAAAUCUGCUGUUUUCACCAUUGAUGAUUGGGUUGAUAUAACUCUAUAUUCUUAAGAACAUUACUGAUUAUGAGUUUUGCUUGUAAAAUCGAUUUUUGGGUUUGGGGGUGAUGGCAUUGGUAGUUAGCCAAAUUUUAUGUGCUGCAUGAAUUAUUAAUUGACAUUGCCUUGUGAGUUUGGAUACUUGUGUAAUUAUUACAUAUGUACAUGGGUAUAAUUAUUACAAUACAUGAUUACAAUACAUGCAAGUCAGAUGCAUGACAAACGGUUACAAAUUGCUGGACAUGUCUGUCUUCACCGAGCCUAUUCUAGCAAUUUUAGUAGUAAUAUUUAUGCGUAAUUGCGAUUACCAUAAACUGAAAGCAUCCUGGAAAGCGUUGUUUACUAAAAUAUGAAUGAUGCUUUCAUAAAAUGCUUACGAUUAUGUAAGCUAUUAAUAUGUAUGCGUAUUAUAUACUUAUGUAUGUGCCCAGUCAAGUGUGUGCUUUAUUCAUCUCAUAAAAUUGUAUAAUAAUCUAAUCUUGUAUUUUAGCUGUAAAUAAUAUACGUCAAUGAAAUGCUCACAAGUAAACACACGAAUAAUCCGCA